AUGGGCACGGUGUUGUCCCUCUCCCCGGGGCUCCGGAAAGCCAGCCUCUACGACGACGGCUCCUCCAGCUCCCUGGCCCACUACCCGGGCCUGGCCAGCACCAAGGGCGGCGGGCAGAAGGCCGAGAAGGGCCUCAAGCGCCACUCCAUGUUCAUCCCGGCCUUGACCUGGAAGAGGCUGGUGGCCUCCACCAAGAAGAAAGGCUCCCGGGCCGGCGGCGGCAAAGGCCCGUCCAACAACAACAACAACAACUACCACCACGCCAAGGACGUGGCCCUGCUCAACCACGAGAACGCCAAGAAGUCCCUCUCGUGCGCCAACCUCGCCAGCUACGAGGGGGGCGGCCAGCCGCUGGCCCCCCUGAGCUCCAAGCGCAUCUCCACCACCUCGGCCUCCUCGCUCAAGCCCGGCAGUGCUGCCGGGGGCACGGCCCCCUCCCCGCGCCGGGUGGUGGUCCAGGCCUCCACCAGCGAGCUGCUGAAGUGCCUGGGCGAGUUCCUGAGCCGGCGCUGCUUCCGCCUCAAGCACCUCUCGCCCACUGAGCCCAUCUUGUGGCUGCGCAGCGUGGACCGCUCGCUCCUGCUCCAGGGCUGGCAGGACCAGGCCUUCGUCACGCCCGCCAACGUGGUCUUCGUCUACCUGCUGUGCCGCGAGAUGAUCGACGGGGACGUGGUGGCCAGCGAGCACGAGCUCCAGGCCGCCCUGCUCACCUGCCUCUACCUGUCCUACUCCUACAUGGGCAACGAGAUCUCCUACCCGCUGAAGCCCUUCCUGGUGGAGGCCUCCAAGGACGCCUUCUGGAACCGCUGCCUUCGCAUCAUCAACGCCAUGAGUGCCAAGAUGCUCCGGAUCAACGCCGACCCGCACUACUUCACCCAGAUCUUUGCCGACCUCAAAAACGAAGGCAACGGCGCCCACGAGGACUUCGCCCGGGUCCUGGACCGGUGA